AUGGCCAAAGCGAAGAAGAAAUCAGCCAAGCAAGAGAAGCCAACCUAUUCUCCUCAUGUGCAGUCCAAAACCUCCAAAACCUCCAAAACCUCCAAAACCUCCAAAACCUCCAAAACUAAGUCGACUACUGCUACUGCUCCAAGUCAAUUGAAAAGUAUAUUUGUCAAUUCACCAGUCUAUGAUUUAUUGCAUUAUUUUGAAAAAGCACCCGAUCAAUGGGCAGCUAGAUACAUUCUCAUUUUAAGUUCAAUUAUACUACGAACUGCAGUGGGUCUUGGUGGCCAUUCUGGCUACAAUAAGUCACCAAUGUAUGGCGACUUUGAAGCACAGCGACAUUGGAUGGAAUUGACAAUCAAUCUACCAAUUUCUGAUUGGUAUUUCUUUGAUCUUCAAUAUUGGGGGUUGGAUUAUCCGCCAUUAACGGCUUACCAUAGUUGGAUAUUGGGUAAGUUGGGCUCAGUUAUAAAUCCAACGUGGUUUACAUUGAACUCCUCACGAGGAAUGGAAACAAAUGACUUGAAGUUUUUCAUGAGGAUCACCAGUAUUAUCAGUGAAUUGGUUUGUUAUAUUCCAGGGGUUUUGUUGCUAGCAAAUAUAUUUGGAAAAAAAUUCAAUUUAAGUCGGAUGGAUCAAAUAAUCUUUGCCUUGAUUAUUUUAACGCAACCACAUUUAAUCUUGAUUGAUCAUGGGCAUUUUCAAUACAAUUCUGUAAUGUUGGGUUGCUUUGUUUACGCAAUCAUUGAAUUGGCGCAAAAUCAUUUGGUGAUGGCUAGCAUAUGGUUUGUUAGCUGUAUCAAUUUUAAGCAAAUGGGAUUAUAUUAUUCCGUAUUUAUCUUUUUUUACAUUUUGAGUCAGUUGAGAGGUUUCAAAGAUUUGGUAUCGGUGGGGUUGUCCGUCGUUGCCACUCAAUCGGUAUAUUUGCUUCCUUUUGCUUCGCAUUUGACGACAACAUUGCCACAAAUUAUCCAUCGUGUAUUCCCGUUCAAUCGUGGGUUAUUUGAAGAUAAAGUUGCCAAUUUCUGGUGCACAACUAAUGUGUUGGUCAAGUAUCGAGACUUGGUUUCUUCAUCACAACUUUCAAAGCUAGCAUUAGCAGCUACAUUAUUAUCCAUUGUUCCCAUUAAUAUGUACAUUUUUUACAAAUUGAGGAAACUGUCUUCUUCUCCUUUAUCAUCAUCAUCAUCGACAACAGCAGAGAGUGACGAUGCGGGCAACAAUACCAGUAACAACGACAAGAUACGUAUCUCAGCAAUGUUGUAUGGAUUUUCCUAUAAUGCAUUGUCGUUCUAUUUAUUUUCUUAUCAGGUUCAUGAGAAAUCGAUCCUCCUUCCAUUAUGUCCUAUUUUAUUACUUCUUUUGAUUAACCCUCGUGACAUCACAAUUAUUCAAUGGAUCAAUAACGUGGGUACAUUCAGUUUAUACCCUUUGCUUAAAAAGGAUGGUUUGGUGUUGCAAUACUUUAUUACAGGUGCAUUAAUUAAUUGGUUAAUUGGGUUUAAACAUGUGAUUCCAUCAAGGAAACAAUUUAAUUUAAACAAUUUGGUAAUUAUAGCAACCUAUGCAGCCAUGAUAUUUUAUCAUGUCAUUGACUUCACUUAUGAUCCACCGGCAAAGUAUCCCGACUUGUGGGUAAUUUUAAACAUUGCCAUUUCGUUUGCAGCUUUUGGUUACACCUGGUUGUGGUUGAUUUAUAAGAUAGUUAAAUUGUGA